AUGAAGCUCUCCAACACACUCCUCUUCUUCUUCGCAUUUGCUGAAGGAGCACAGAUCGGCGAGAGAUCUAAUGCGAUCCGUCUACGACGGGAAGGCGAUGGAACUGGCGCUGCUCCGGCUGACGACAAAACCAACACGGGCGACGAAGAUAAUACCCCUAAUGAAGAGGCUGGUACACAAAAUAACGAUUCCAACACAGGAGAUGAAAAUACCGGAACUGGAGACGUGACUGAAAAGACACCACAAGGCCAAAUGGCUGGCGACAAGACCGAAUCUUCUGAGAACACCGAGAGCCAAUCAACCGGUGAUGGAGACACAACAGGAGAAGUAACAACAGCCGCAGCAGAAGUAACGACUUCCUCCGCUCUUCAGUCAACGAUCGGCGCCGCUUUACUUCUAGCUGUCGGCCAAAUGCUUCUCUAA